UCCCGUAUCUGCUCGCGACUGGUCGGUGAUGGAGCAGGUGGUGCUGGAGUAUGAUGGGCAGAGGGCCAUCUUUAACGCCAGUGGUGGGAUCUACUCUCCUGCAGAGUAUUCUUUCCAUUGCCAGAGCGUGAGCAGCACUCAGAGCCCCCUGCUGGUGCCCCGCAGUGCUACAGACAAUGCUACCAUGUGGACGCUGUCCUUCACUGAUUUGCAGAUCCAAGGCUUCAGCGUUACUGGUGAAGACUUCUCGUAUGCCAGCGAUUGUGCAGGAUUCUUCACUCCGGGGAUUUGGAUGGGCCUGCUGACCUCUCUGCUCAUGGUCUUCAUUCUUACCUAUGGCCUGCACAUGAUCAUGCAGGUUCGCACCAUGGACCGCUUUGAUGAUCCAAAAGGCCCAGCGAUUUCAGUGCCUCAGAGUGAGUGAUUUGAGCCGAAAACAACCAAAAACUGUCAUGUUGUCAAAAUAUCAUUGAUUUGUAUGUAUGUGCAAACUGAUGUGGUUGGUAAUCAGGAAUUUAUGGAUCUAGCAUGAGUGUUUUUAAGAGUAUGUAUAUUCAAAGGCAAACCAUAUUUUUCAAAUUUAUUUUGAUGUCUUGUAGAAAGUGAAAUUAUUUUCAUCUCUCCCUUAUUAAAUGUGUAAUUAUUUAAUAUUUUACAAUAGGGUUCUAUACAUUACAUGCACUAGCUAACAUGGAACAGUGAGCGAUUCCUUUAAAGCAUUUUUAAUAUAAAUAUAUAUAUAUACAUGUCAUAUACACAUAUAUAUGAAGGAACAUGGGUUACCACUGAAUAUUAUAUGUAUUUUGUAUUUGUAAAUUAACAUUGGUCUAGAUCAGGG